GUUAGGCCUGGCAAUUAGGCCAUCAAAAUUCACACAUUAACAGCGAGUGCGAGAGGGUGACAUUGUUGCUGGUAUGCAUGCGACUUUGAAGACUUUAACUUAGCUUGCCAACUUUUUAACAUUGUGAUGUUAUUAAUGAUGUGGUGAGGAUUUGCUUCAUAGCCUGACCUGUAGCCUAUGAUGCGUUUUGAAAAGCCGGAAGCGCGCGCGUCUCCAUUUAACAGAAUGUCAAUGUGACCUACAGCGCAGAAGUAGGUUAUAUGUGCUGAUUAUGGCCUUCUUUGUAAUUAUCAUUAAUUGUCAAUGGAAUUGUAUUUUUCAUAUCUUCAGGCCUGUUCCUGCUAACAACGUUGGCUAUUUAGGACAAGCUUUCACCCCUGGAACGAAAUAAUUCCUCCGUUUUGUAUGCAUUAGGCCAAAACCUUCAGCAAAACAUGUUACAGUAGGUUCGUCGUUUUGACCAUUUCUAACCUGUUGUUCCAGCUUUGAAAACAGACUCAUAUUCUUGCAUUUCUCACACACAGGAAAGCAUGUUUGAUCGUUGCUUGGAUACAGCCGAAUAUAGUCUCUUGCAGAACAUUAUGUAGCUUGUGACUUAACCAACACAAUAGUAACCUAUGAAAACAAAACAUAAGCCCUGUAAUUAAAUGUACAAAAGGACCUGGAGUUGCUGCCAAAGACCCGCGUGCGCCCACACCAUUCACUCUCCACUUGGUUGCUGAGACAGUAACAGUCGAAUUCAAUCAAACUCUAUUUUAUUGGUAUUUCUGGAUGGCAAAACACAAUCAUUCUGUUUGCACAACAAUAAUGGGUCAAUAAUGUACCUAAAAUACUAAUGUUUUGAAUCAAAGAGAUGUUAACGUAUACACCUAUAGUAUACACCUAUAUAUAGCCUACUUGCUGUCUAUAGUCUGUACUGUGUGGGAAGAAUAUAGCCUACUAUUUUACUAUAGGGUUUUCCUAUACUUACAACCCUGAUUACCGGGUUAAUUAUAAAAUAUCUGAACCAAGACCAUUGCUUUGCCCUUUCACCUGUGACAAAUACUAAUGCAGGUGAAUGCCAGCCGGAUCCCAUUGAUAACUAAUAAGCUAAUGAGUAUGUGUGGUUAUGUGUGUGGUUAUAGAAGCCCAACUUUUUUCAAAUUCCAGGCACAUCGUUAAUAGCCUAUACAUGCUCCUCGUGUCAGCCUUUCAAUGAGACCUAUGGCUGCAGCGUGGAGAUCAAGAGAUCCUGCACGAAUAGGUCAUGUGUGCGCGCAGGGGGCGUCAUACCGAUAAUUAGCCUACAAAUGCGUCCUCGACGUGCAUAGGAGCUUGACUUGUGCCCUGUUGGAAUGGGACCAAAUCCUACGCGCACGUGCCCGCACAUUGCAAUAGGCUAAUUGCGCAAAUGGUGGGAUUUAUUAUCACUAUAUGACUACAGUUAUGCAACGAGUAAUGCGAGUAAUGCUCUCACAUUUCCCUGGUUUUGCUGCACACUGAUUUUAGCAGUUGUUUGCAGGCUGCAUAGCAACUGCGAGCAGUGCAUUGCAUUUUGACAGGCAGGGAUAAAUAUAAUAGGCUAUUGAAACCCACUCAAAUAACUUUAAAUCGGGCGAAUGCUAUAGGCCUACUUUAAAACAAGUAUAAUUAAGGUUGCAUGUAGGUUACAUUUCCCACAGUUCGGAAAAUGUGUAAAAAAAAGAAAUACCCUUACAUUGACGACUUUUUGGAAAUCCAACCAGUUUUCCACGUUGAUUCAACUUCAUCACAUUGCAUUUUUUUGGUAGAAAUUACUUAUAAACAACGUUGAUUCAACCAGUUUUUGCGCUGUGGGGUAUUUCAGCUGUGAGACUAUCAAUUUGUCAAGUUGCACACAUAAAAAUACCACAUAAAACCAAGAACAACACCAUUGUUCUUUGAGUUGACAACUCCACCCCACCAUUUACCACCGCAAUAAAUACACUUUGGUGGAGAGGGCUGGAGUGCUUUCUGUUGUCUGUAGCAACCGCGCACCUAUAGCCUAUUCUGCAAAACCAACUCGAGUUGGAGACGAGGCACAAAAAAUUAACCUUGCCAUCGUACGCAGUGAAAGAACUUCUGAAUAGAGUAGCAUAAGCUAUCGAUGAAGCAGGCUGACGAAAUAACAACGAAUAUAAUUAAAUAGGACUAUUUUAUGCUAUCAUCACCAUGUGACAUUUGCGACCGUUUUUAUCCUGGAGUAUGACAGAUACAAUGUCUAGACUGUCCUCGGUUGCUUCUCUUCGACUACCAGCUAUUCAGCACCCGUUAUCAAGACUCAGAGACCCAGAAACCCUCUCUCUCAGAGGCUACUCCAGAGAUUACGCUGCGAGUGACGAAAUUGUACCGCCGCUGUUGCGGGAUGGGGGCCUCGACUUUGUUUUCCGAGGUCAAAACACAAGAAGGACCACAGAUUAUCCUUAUGACAAGGCUCCGCCGAAGCAGAGCCGUUUCAGCCUGGCCUCGCAGCCAAUCCCCGAAGGAGUCGAAGUCUCAGUAGCCCUUGAUCCGUUUAAACCACGGCUGCCCAUCUUUGGUCAGCGGGUGGCACCAGAGAGCAGGGGGAGCCGAGUCACCAGCCUAACCAGUGCCAGCAAAACCAGCAUCACCAGUCAAACCAGUACCGUCAGCCAAACCAAUACCAGCAGAACCAGUAUCCUUACCAGAACUACUACCGCAGCCUCCUGCCCCGAGGCCCAGCUCAGGAUCCAAGUGGACCAGCUUGAGCACGAGCUAAGGCAGAACACUCAGUCAUUAGGACACUUGAACCUUCAACGAAUGUUCAAGAACAACCAUCCGGAGGGAAAAGCACUGGCCAAUAGAGAUGUGUUGCUGAUGAUCCUCACCAAGUUUCUGGGCAGAUUCAUCACACUGCAGCAGUACAGCCAGUUGCUGCUCCGACUGCAUUUGUCGAAGAAGGCAGCCAUUAGCUUUGAGGAGCUGUGGGAGGCCAUAAGAGAGUCUGGAGCAGGUGGACCAGCCGCUUGGUUUAACCCCACCCAGGACCCCAGCACAGCCCCUCCCCUUGCUCCAGCUAAAGUCACAGCCUCCCAGACCCUAUCCCUAUUGCGGGGACAGGCCCAGAACAGGUUCCUGGAGGUCAUAGAGUCACGUCCCACAGAGCUAGGCCUACAGAGGACCAGUUUGAUUGUAGCUCCAGAGCUGAAGAGAUGUCUUGCACAGUUGGGCCUCAACUUAGAGGACCGGGAGUUUGAGAAGCUUUGGAAGAAAUUUGACAGCGAAGGACUUGGAGCUGUGAAAGUGAGAGGUUUGCUAAGGAAACUUGGACUGAGCCAGAGAAAGACCUCAGACACCAACGAUAAUAAUGAUCAUCAAGUUUCAUCUUCUGUCAAGGAUGAAGACACCAAAGCCAGACCCAGGGCCCUGUCGAAGUCGGAGGAGGAGCGUGGGGUAUCCAUCGCCAUGGAGAAGUGGCUGAAGGACAAGUUUAGGGAGGGCGUCCAGAGAAUGAAAUCCCAGUUUGACCAACUGGAUCCAGACCAGACCUGCAAGGUUGGCCUGGAGGAGUUUCUACAGGUGCUGAAGACCUUUGGCCUGAAUCUAAAGAGGGAGCAUGUGGGCUUGUUUUUGGCUCGCUGUGGCCUGGGACUCAACAAGACAGGUGUGAUCCAUUACCCAGAGUUCCUCCGCAUGUUUCAGGACCGCAGCGAGGAAGGGGUCACACACAGGAUCCUAUCCAACCCACAACACAGGUUUCAUCAUAUCCAGGGGAGCAUCAGCCACGCGUCCACAGUCACCAUGGUGGAAGCUAAACUGGCUCGACUCUUCCAGUCAGAGUACCUCGCUCUGUUAGAAAUGUUUCAGAGCAUUGAUAAAUGCCACAGGAGGGUGGUGAGCCAGGAGGAGUUUCGAGCAGCGAUUGAGAGCAGAUUCGGCCUGGAGGUCGCGGAACCUGAGUUUGAACAGCUGCUGGACAGGCUGCCCCUGGACAAGGACGGAAAUGUCCAGUACCCCGUCUUCAUGGCCGCUUUCGACACAAGGAGAGGAGUUCCCAGUCUUUUCGAGGCAAGUCCUGCUGGAUAUUUGGGGCGUACAAACGAAGAACAGGAGGGGCUGAACGUGCAACUCGUGAAUGAGGAGAGUGGGAUUCUGGGACGGGGACGGAGUGUGGCACAGCUGUUCCAGAUCAUCAAGGCCCUGGUGAAGAACCACUACCAGGCAGCAGAGCGAGUCUUUGAGAAGCUGGAUGAGAAGAACACCAAACGUCUCAGUCAAGAGACCUUCUACCAGCUUCUAAAGAGAUUUGACAUCCACCCCGAAGUGAGCCGGGGGGAGAUCCGACAUCUUUGGGUCACUUUGAUUACCAACCAGGACAGGACGCUGGAUUUCUUGCAGCUUGCGCGCCACUUUGGCUACUCUCCCAAGUCCUCGUGCUUUCCCAACGCCAAGCGCAGCCCCCCGAAGAAAGGGGAUGAGAAUCUCCGGCAGUGCUCCAGAAAGCUCCACUGUGUGUCUGACAUACUUGCAGAUGGAGUGCGUGCCAAGGUGGAGCUGUCAUUGGAUGAGUUGCGGGGGGAGUUCGAGGAGUUGGAUCCUUAUAGGACGGGGUUUGUGAGCCAGAAGGAGUUCCAGGAAGUGCUGAAAGGUCUGUGUGUGCACCUCGAUGACUACGAGUGGGAGAUGCUGGCUCGAAAGUUUGACAUCAACAGGGAUGGAAGGGUUUCCUUCGUUGAGUUCCUGAGGCCCUUUGGGAGACGGAAACAGCCGUGGAGACAUGGAUCCAACAUGGCCGGCAUACUACAGUUCCAUAACGAAACAGAGGAUUUGUCUGCAGAGAAAGGCUCUUCCUUGUGUGACCAAGUACCACUGAGCUCAAGACUAAGGAAGAAGCUUCAGCGGCAGGGCAAGAUUUUGCGUCGGGCCUUCCGCAGGCUGGACAGCUCCGCCAGCGGCUACCUCUCUCCAGGCGAGUUCCGAGCGGCUCUGCGGCUGUGUGACGUACCCUUGAACCCGGAGGAGUUGUACCAUGUCUUGGCCGGGCUGGACCGAGACCUGGCAGGCCGGGUGGCCUAUCGCCGGCUGAUCCAGGACAUACGCAAGAAAAGAACCUCUGGGACUAGAGUAAAGUAGAGUCAUCAUCAUCCCUCACCCAGCAAGCAAAGUUUGGCAUGGGACGUCAUAAUGACGUCAUUUCCGGGUUGAAAUUUGUUUUUCUGGUUGAUGUGACGUCAGAUAUUAUAACCAAUUUAAGACGUAUUUUCCUGGUCACUAAAAAGAUGUCUAAAUAACGUCCUUUUACAAUCGCCUUACAACCUGACCGUGAUGUUACAAAAUAUGCCAGCUUGUCAUUGCAACCAGAUUUGCCUGCUGGGCAGGGGCAAUUUGCUUUGCAUUAGGUUGUCAAAAUGACAUGCAAACAACAUUUAGACAUCAAAUCAAAUGUAUUGGUCACAUACACAUGUUUAGCAAAUGUUAUUGCGGGUGUAGCGAAUUGCUGUACAUGACUGUAUUUAUUUAAGUGCCACUACACAAUAAUACAACCCAGCUAGCACAUAACGUUUUGAGAACCACGUUUCUUAGAGCUUGGUGAAAGUGUGGUUGUCCUGUAGUUAUUUUGCAUACAACCUUCCCACAAAAUUCUGGGAAUGGUGCAGGAUACCCAGCUAGCACAUAACAUUCUGAGAAUUAUGUUAUGAAUUAUGAAACAAUGUUCUUCUGUGAGAAUUUCAGUACUACAGCAUUAUGUUUUCUAUAGGUUUACUCAUUGUUCUAUUUAAAGUAAUGUUCUCAGGAUGUUCAGAGAACUUUAAAAAACAAUGUUCUUCUGUGGGAAUUCCAGUACUUCAGCGUAACAUUUUCUGCAGGUUUCUUCAUGGUUCUAUUUAAAGUCAAGUUCUCAGAACAUUCAGAGAAUGUUAAGAAACAAUGUUGUUGCUAGGACUUUCUGGCAGUGGUCUGAGUGGAAGGGGAAAACUGAAAACUAGCUGUUAUUGACAGAGAGGUUUGGAACUCUCGUUCUUAUUAGUCCAUUAACUAAUUUACCGCCUGGUGAUGUCACCAGGCACUCCAGAAAUUCAUCACACAAAAACAGGCUGAAAUUUCAAGCAAUCUUUUCAAACACCUCUCACACUAAAAGGGCAUUAUCAUAAUUUUCAUGAUUUCACAAUAUUAUUCCAACGUCAUAGUGUGGAAAUAUAUACAGUGCCUUCUGAAAGUAUUCA